AUGGAUCCACGUGUGUCCCGAUUUCUAGACCCGUCGUCUGCUAUGGCAGCAAUUACCAGACACAAGGCGGAAGCUAUAAAAUUAGCCCGAGAGCAAGGAGCAGCUGUCAAGGAAAUGUGUCGUCGUGCAAAAACGGAUGUGCCACCGUAUGAGUUCGAAGAGUUGAUUGGGAAAGGUGCCUACGGCCGUGUCUACAAGGGUCACGAAAUACCAUCUGGCCGACUUGUAGCCAUCAAAGUUCUAGACAUCGAUUCUUUAGACUACAAGUCUUUGCGAGAUUUUCGGGAUGAAUCGAUCAAGGAUUUCAUCCACGAAACCAAGGUGAUGAAACAAGUGAAGGAUUCUGGGGCAAAAAACAUCAACGAGCUCAUUGAAGCUAUUUCUAUCCAUUCUCAGUUGUGGUUGGUUUGCGAAUAUUGCCCUGGUGGAAGUGUACGGACUUUGAUGCGCGCAACUGGAGACAAACUCGAGGAAAAAUUCAUUAUUCCUAUUGCCCGUGAACUCGCAGUGGGUCUACAUGCUAUUCAUGAAGCCGGCAUCAUCCACCGUGAUGUCAAAGGUAAGAAUCUUUCAAAAGACUCGUUGAAUGCAUGCUUAUCAUUUCUUGUAGCUGCCAAUAUUCUUGUCCACGAGGAAGGCAGACUUGAGGUUUGUGAUUUUGGUGUUGCGGGAAUUCUUCAAUCACAACGAGACAAACGGUCAACAUGGAUUGGCACCCCUCACUGGAUGCCACCAGAGAUGUUUGCAACACGUGGUGAGGCUCAUAAAUACGGUAGUGAAAUUGAUGUGUGGGCGUAUGGCUGCACAUUGUUCGAGUUCGCCACUGGUAACCCACCUAACGCUGGCCUUCGGGAGCGAAUGCAGAUUGGUCGUCAGCUCAACCGAAGUACACCCAAACUCGAUAGCGAGAAGUACAGCCAAGGCUUAAAGGACCUAAUUGCAUUCGCGCUUGACUCCAAUCCAGCUAGUCGACCUACCAUGGCUGAUAUCCUUGCCCAUCCCUACAUCUCUGGAACCGAAGAAGAAUACCCAACGUCGUCUGUGAGUGAGCUUGUGCGCAAUUACUACCAAUGGUCACAGAGAGGUGGUCAGCGGGUAUCAUUAUUCCAUCCUGGAGGUGCAGCCGCAGCAGAAUUACCUGGCACCGAGGAGUCAGAUGAUGAUUGGAACUUCAGCACUACAGAUGGCUUUGAACGAAGAUUCUCAGUCAUUGAUUUGGAUCAAAUAGCGGCAUCCUUGGCUGAAAUGGAAGAGGCCAUCAGUCCAACCACUCCGAUCCCUGAACACGAUUCUAAUGAAGACUCAUCCGACACUGAUAUGGACCCUGAACAAAAGGCCAAUUUUGAUGAGCGGGUGAGAAGAGGUGCAGCAGCAAUGGAAGGCCUUUUUGAUGAGGGAAAGCCAAGCUACAAAUACGAGACCAAGAAUGAUUUUGUUCCCGUGCAGCCCAGUCAGCCAUCUUCAGAUCUUCCUCUUCGCACCGAGACGGAUAGGUCUUCUGUGACAUCUACUUUCAUCGAUAUUGAUAUAGGGUCGUUUGACUCGUCACAUUAUGCAGCUGGUGCUCCAUCAGCACAACCUUUUCAAUUAGCCGAUGCCGACACCAUCCGUGCAAAUCGAUCUAGCAUUCGGCUACAUCGUAACUCAAACGAGAACAGUUCACAGUCGUCUAACAGUGGAGCAGAAGGCGACGAAUCGCAGGAUGAGAGCUUCAAGCCCCAGUCAGGCCCUCGACCUCCCACUAUGGACUGGAAAUUCCCCGUGUUUAUGCAGCCAGAGGAUGAAGAGGCAGAUGGGCCAAAAGGGGCUGCAGCACCAGAACCAAUUCAAGAGGAGACCUUCCAAGACGAAAAAAGAGCUACUAUGGAAUGGACGUUUCCCGUCAUGUCGAACCAAGCAGACGAUACGGACAAAAGUAACACUCAAACCUCGUCAGAUCGACAUGAUACUGUUCGAGCACCAGUUCCUCCGUUAUCACGGCAGCCAAGUGACGAGCCUGGUGACUCUCGCCCUUCAACCUCGGCCUCUGACAACUCUUUGAUGUCGGAUUCCGACUAUGAUCCUUUUCGCUUCGAUCGCCCAACAACCCCUCGCGUUGUAUCACCUCAACCGGAUUCUUUCAAUUCGGAUUUCCCAACAUUAACCGAGUCGGUCGAAGAUGAUGAUUUUGAGUCCACUGGUGUACUUGAUGGACCAGGACCUGACGAGGAGGAAUCACAUCCGCUGUGGAAAGAACAUGCGGAUGUGAUCUCCGAAGAUGAUGUCCCACCACUUCCUACUGCCAUUCCGGUGCACGACAGCCCGGGAGAUGCACCGACACCCGUAUCGGAACCAGGAUCCCCGGUGUAUGAGGAUACCUUACAAACAGUUCGGCGAGAUGUCAUAUCCCAUGCAAUUACAGCAAGGGAAACAGAGCCUGAAGCCAUCAUAUUUCCUAACAUCAUCCCUCCUAGCGCGGAAAGUCUUCUUGAAGGCGCCGAUGACAACACUGUCGCUGCUGAACUACAUCGUUUACUCGGUGACUUUCUGGGUGCUCUGUCUGCAACUGGGGAGGCACUGUCAAGAACAAGCUCUGGGUACCCAACAGAUCCUGUCACUCAGACAGGAGAGAGAGUUCCAUAA